CAGCGGGAAGCGACUCACUGGUGCGCACACACACGCAAGCAAACACUCCCUCUUAUGGACAGAGAGAGGUGCACGUUAGUACGGAGUGCGGAAUGGGAACAUUACCAUGCUGAGGACGGAGAGUUCACACACAGAGGCGGAUUCCUCAUCUAACCCGCAUCAUGCCUUACAUUACCAACCUGCUGUUUCUCAUUUUCUGUCUGAUUCUGGUUGUCGAGUGUGGGAAGCAGAAGAGCAGGAAACGCAGGUGGUCUGCAAACCUGGAAACUCAUAAACACGGACCCACGCUGUCCAAAAAGGUGGUCGAUGGAACCAAGACAAGAAAAGUGAAAACAAACAAUUUGCUGCGGGUGGAGGAUCACGAUUUCACCAUGAGGCCAGCAUUUGCAGGUCCAGCAGUUCCUGUGGGUGUUGAUGUGCAGGUGGAGAGCUUGGACAGCAUCUCAGAAGUGGACAUGGACUUCACUAUGACCCUUUACCUGAGGCAUUACUGGAAGGACGAGCGCCUGUCGUUCCCCAGCACCACCAAUAAGAGCAUGACUUUUGAUGGGCGUCUGGUGAAAAAGAUCUGGGUUCCAGAUGUAUUUUUCGUCCACUCCAAACGCUCCUUCAUCCAUGACACCACCACGGACAACAUCAUGCUCAGGGUUUAUCCUGAUGGACACGUUUUGUACAGCCUCAGAGUGACGGUAACCGCAGCGUGUAACAUGGACUUCAGUCGCUUCCCUCUCGACACACAAACCUGCACACUGGAGUUGGAAAGUUAUGCCUACACAGAUGAGGAUCUCAUGCUUUACUGGAAGAGUGGAGAUGAAUCCCUGAGCAUAGACGAUAAGAUUUCGCUCUCUCAGUUCCUCAUUCAGAAGUUCCACACCACCUCCAGACUGGCCUUCUAUAGUAGUACAGGUUGGUACAACCGCCUGUACAUCAACUUCACCCUGAGACGUCACAUUUUCUUCUUCCUGCUGCAGACCUACUUUCCUGCUACUCUGAUGGUCAUGCUGUCCUGGGUGUCCUUCUGGAUCGACCGCCGCGCUGUCCCUGCCAGAGUGUCCUUAGGCAUCACCACAGUGCUCACCAUGUCCACUAUCAUCACAGGUGUAAAUGCGUCCAUGCCCCGAGUGUCCUACAUCAAAGCCGUAGACAUCUACUUGUGGGUCAGCUUUGUCUUUGUCUUCCUCUCUGUCCUCGAGUACGCAGCUGUCAACUACCUGACUACUGUAAAAGAUGGAAAAGAACGCAAAUUCAGAGAAAAGGCCAGACAUCAGCAGUCUCUGUCUUGUACGUGUGGCCUGCCUCAUGGCAAGAGCAUGAUGGUGGACGGGACGUACAGCGAGGCAGAUAGCAACAGCCUGGCCGGUUACAGCCGAGCACCGAACGGUCCCGAGGAGCUGAACGAUAAACAUGAGCGCAUGGUGGUGCACCUCGCCGUCGACAACGAGUCCACGGGCACCAAGAAGAAAGGCCUCCGUGGCUUCCGAAUCAUCCAGAACACUCAUGCCAUUGAUACGUACUCGCGCAUGAUCUUUCCUGGAGCCUACAUCUUUUUCAACCUCAUCUACUGGUCUGUCUACUUGUGAAUCCUCACAGCUAGGGAAUGCAGGGGUUUGAACAUCAAACCAUUACAGCGCAUCUUAAUGGAUUCGAAAGACAGUUAGUCAGCUUUUAGAUGUAAAUGA